CAGCGACGCGCGCGACGUAGACGUCGAACUACUCUCCCGUGCCUACCUUGGAUCGGACGGGAAGGUGCACUAUGCGCCGGGCGUUCGCGGCGGCGGACAUGGGACUGGUUCUAGGCCGAAGGGCCUUGGCAGCCGGCCCAGGGAGCUCUACGGCCGUGAGGUCAGCGAAGAGCUAUACUCCCGUGCCUACCUCGACAACGACGGGAAGGUACGCUGGGCCCCCGGCGUCCGGAAUGGCCACCGCGGUACUGGCUCCCGCCGCAAAGGCGCAGGAGACGGCUCUACGCCUAGCACGAAUCAGCCUCGACCUCACCAUGGUCCCAAGCCCAGCUCGUCGGAAAAGAAGACCAGGGAGCUUGAGACAGAGGAGCUGUUCUCUCGCGCCUACAUCGGCGCGGAUGGUAAGGUGCACCACGCACCUGGUACCCUUGGCGGCGGCCACGGAGCCGGUGCCCGCCCGCCGAAGGGAUAUGGGGCGAGGCCCAGGGAUCUUGACGGCGUCGAGGAGCUGUUCUCCCGUGCCUACCUCGGUAGCGACGGGAAGGUUCACUAUGCGCCGGGAGUGCGAGGCGGCGGACGUGGGACUGGUUCAAGGCCGAAGGGCACUGGCAGCCGGCCCAGGGAGCUGCAGGAGCGCGCGUAUAUCGGAACGGAUGGGAAGGUGCACUAUGCUCCUGGCGUGCGCCCAGGGGGACGCGGAACCGGCUCCCGCCCGAAGGGCACUGGUAGUACUCCAAGAGAACUUCUUGACCGCGAAUUCUUCUACGACUCGCUUGACCUGGAUUGAGCCCGUCGUCGGUAGAGCGCGUUUCUACGCCGUGUCGUCUGCAAAGUGUAACGUAGUACAUACAUUAUGAUUUGGCUGUCAAUGGGAUCGGUUUGUGGAUGUCUCUGAUAACAUUUGAUGCAUUG